AUGUCAGAAGGCCACUAUAAACAUACGGUCGCUCAAUCUAUUCGCUGCCCAGUCUGCUCCGCUUCCUUCCUCUCCUCUUGCCCACUUCUCUGUAUUGUUUCCCCACCUCAGUGCUGUCGCCUCAUCGGCACACAUGGCCCAAACGUCAAACUCCCCUGCCAGGCCAGGUGUGCCUUCGUUACUCAGGCGAGCGCUAUUUGUCAGAGUCUUUUGACUGGUAGACUGGCUAUUCAGUCCUGUCUAGACAUUGUUGAUGUUUAG